UUGUCGGUGUCUGAUGUGAGGAAGGCUGAAGUGAAAACAACUGUGGGUCAGGGUGGGACUCUGAAGGCCGUCGGCUUCUCUUUCCUCACAGGAUUCCCUUCUCUAAUUACUCCAAGAUCCCUGGCCACAUGAACGUUUUAAAGUAAUCAGUCGAUUUCGGGUGGAUAUUCGUGGAAAGCUGGGCGAAGUUAGAUCAGAAAUCUGAGUGAAAAUCGAGUAAAGAAGCCGACAUGGACGAAAAGGCGUUCACGAAAGAGCUGGAUCAGUGGAUCGAGCAGCUGAAUGAAUGCAAACAGCUCUCAGAAAGCCAAGUCAAGAGCCUCUGUGAGAAGGCUAAAGAAAUCCUGACCAAGGAGUCUAAUGUGCAGGAAGUGAGAUGUCCGGUCACUGUGUGUGGAGAUGUUCACGGCCAGUUUCAUGACCUCAUGGAGCUCUUCAGAAUCGGAGGAAAGUCACCAGACACGAAUUACUUGUUCAUGGGAGAUUAUGUUGACCGAGGCUAUUAUUCUGUGGAAACAGUCACACUGCUCGUCGCCCUCAAGGUUAGGUACCGUGAACGCAUUACGAUACUUCGAGGGAACCACGAAAGCAGACAGAUCACACAAGUGUACGGCUUUUAUGACGAGUGCUUACGAAAAUACGGCAAUGCUAAUGUUUGGAAAUACUUCACAGACCUCUUCGAUUACCUUCCCCUCACUGCCUUGGUAGAUGGUCAGAUAUUCUGUCUUCAUGGAGGAUUGUCACCGUCCAUAGACACUCUUGAUCACAUCAGAGCGCUGGAUCGUUUACAGGAAGUUCCUCACGAGGGACCCAUGUGUGAUUUAUUGUGGUCUGAUCCGGAUGACCGUGGAGGUUGGGGUAUUUCUCCCAGAGGUGCAGGCUACACUUUUGGGCAGGACAUAUCUGAGACAUUCAACCAUGCAAAUGGCCUUACGCUGGUCUCUAGAGCUCACCAGCUAGUGAUGGAGGGCUACAACUGGUGCCAUGAUCGCAAUGUGGUAACGAUUUUCAGCGCACCCAACUACUGUUACCGGUGUGGUAAUCAGGCGGCCAUCAUGGAGCUCGACGACACCCUGAAGUACUCGUUCCUUCAGUUCGACCCCGCGCCGCGCAGAGGAGAGCCACACGUCACUCGCCGUACCCCCGACUACUUCCUGUGAAUCUCUCACUCUGCACAGUAUUGCCAUGAUAUAAUAAUCUUCAUUCAGUUUAAAAUAAGAGGAGAGGAAUGGGCAACAGUAUAUAAAAAAGAUUAAAGAGAAAACUGAUCCAGUGAGAAAUGUCUGUGGACCAAAAGGUGUGUGCCAUAUCCAAACAGAUCCGGCUUCAGUCCGACACCACGACCAUGAGAUAUCCGCUCUGUUCCCGUCUGCUCUUGCUUCUGUCCUCCGGUCUCUAGAUGAAUCCAGUCAACAGGCUGUGAAACCCUCUUUGUGUACUUUCUUUUUUUAUGUCUGUUUGCACUUUUUUCAACUGAACGACAGCUAACACAUGUCAGUUUUACAGUUUAUUUCCCCUUUUUUUCCAUGUGGUGAGGGAGGAAUGAGAUUAGAUGCUUCUGUAUCCCAACCGCCAGUAUCUUUCCUACAGUGAAAACAUGUUAAACAAAUGCCAACUACGUGAUAUGUGGCAGACUAAGAUGGCAUGCCAUCGUAGGAAUGCUGGCGUAGCUUCAUAUGAUGGUUUGUGUCUGUAUAAAGGGUACCAGUUCAACAAUAAAGAUGGAUCUUGCUCCUGU